CAUCAAGGAAAUCCAGAUGUGCUGACAAGCUGAGUGGCUGUACCAUAAGAAGGAGUCUACCAUUCGCUAAGGAAGACUUGAUCAUGUUGGUAUUUAUGUAGCUAAGGUAUGGCCGUGCAGAAAUCUUUCACCGUGACGGCAAUGUUGUGUGUGUGUCUACUACAUACGGCAGCAGCACUUCCAUUCUUAGAGGGAGUUGAUGAAGGCUGGGUAAAGGAAGCGCUUGAUGUAGUGUUGGCAGAGGCGUCAGUGUCUCAUUGUUCUUUAAUUUUCAUCAUGGACAGGACGUCUUCCUAUUCUUAUGAGGCGUUGAAGAUCCGUGUGCCCGCAAACAAGACUGGCGGGGAUGUGGUCCUCGAUGUGGCAGACGACGGAAGCAUUGAUGUCAAUCUCACCAUGACGCAAGUAGUGGCUCAGGCUCGUAAGAUGCGGCUGAUGUCCUGGUGUACAUUGGUGGUUGUCUUCAGCGACAACCCGACCUUCCUGUCUGUUUUCGCGGAGAUGGCUGAUAGAAGUCGGCUGAUGGUGUGGGAAACAAGACUCUUAGUAAUCACCAGGCUUCCUUUGUCGAACCUUCAGGACCUGUUGCAGAACUACUGGACCUUCUCCAUGAUGAACACAAUGUUCCUCAAACUCAACACAUCAACGGGAGAAAACCACCGCCAGAUAUAUGGACACAUGCCAUAUGGACCCACUGGAUCCCAUGUAGCGCAACUGGCAAGUCUUAAGUUUGGCAACGUUUUAGUGUAUCUCAGUGACAGAACGUUGUUCCCUGAAAAGUACAGGAAUUUCCACGGUAUGGAAAUAAACCUCACAUGGAUUCCUUUAACACCGUACUGGAUGCCGAUGAAACGACCAGGACCAAACGGCACAGAAGUGACCACAUUCAGUGGAAGGGAAUAUUCGAUAAUGGAAAGCAUGGCACUGAUCCUUAACUUUACUAUGAACGCCCUCCCAUACACAGGAUGGGAUCCAGUAUUGAAGAGUUUGAGGACUCGUGAAGCUUUUCUUUGGCCUGUUAACCUGCCACUAUUACCACACAUGUUGGAGCUGUAUGACUUCAGCUUUUUUCUGGAGCGAUCCACUCUGGCCUUUGCUAUGAUUAAGCCCUCCGUCAAACCCAGUUGGGAGAGCCUUUAUCGUCCUCUCCGGAUCGAGGUGUGGGGCCUCGUAGUGGCUACAGUGUUAAUUGUCUUUAUUGUCCUCCUGAUGAUGAGUGCAAGCGGUAAAGACAAGGGGCCCGGUGCAUGGCUGGUAAUGAAGCAGGUACUUGGGACACUACUUGACGAGGCCAUCCCUGGAGAGCUACCACAACGCAGUACCACGAGGGUGGUUUUGACGGCAUGGCUGAUCUUUAGUUUCGUCGUGGGAACAGUUUACCGCAGCAAUCUCACUGCCUCCCUCACAAUACCAAAGUACCCUCCUCGCAUCGAGACCCUCGGCGGACUGGUUGAUGCAAAUGUCAAAAUUCUCGUCGUGGACAGCAUGGAUAUGUUCUACGACAACUUCAGAGUGUCUACAUCUGAAAUGUUGAGAACAAUAGCCGCCAGAAUGGAGAUUGUUCCGAACUACAUGGUGGGAAUGACACGAAUACUUACUGAGCACGCAGCCUAUCUCGAUGAACGAUUAUACAUGGAAGUGAAGGUCUCUCAGGAUUUCACGGAAAGUGAACAAAAUACGCGUCUUUACGUUACUCAAGACAGUUUUUUGGCUGAUUUUUCAGCAUUUGUAUUGAUUCGAGAUGCUCCAUUCAAGCCAAACAUUGACUACUGCCUGUUCAUGUUUCACGGGGCUGGACUGAUAGAGAAGUGGGGAAGGGACGUGAUGGAUAAAAUUCGCAGUGAGAGCAGGAAGAAACGGAGAAAGGAAAAGUCACAUGAAGCAAAGGAGGCUGAAGCAAAAAUCAAGCCCCUCACUCUCGUGCAUAUGCAGGGGCCGCUCUCCCUUUACCUGGCAUGUAUCAUCAUCUCCUUUGCUGCCUUCCUCAGUGAGGCAACCUUUGGCGUCUGGUUUCAUCAACGAACAGGAAAAAUAUAAUGACACUCUUCCUUUAUUGCCGUUUUCCAAGCUUCUCGUUCAGAACGCCACAGGCAAAAUGCAAUAUUCGUAUGU